UGUGAGGGAUUACCAAUUGAGCAUUGUUUACACGCGACAGCCUACCUGAGUUUUGUUGCUGACCAUGUCCAUCCCUUUAUGACCACAGUGUACCCAUCUUCUGAUGGUUACUGCCAGCAGGAUAACUCACAAAGCUCAAAUCAUCUCAAACUGGUUUCUUGAACAUGACAAUGAGUUCACUGUACUACAGUGGCCUGUGCAUCCAAUAGAGAGCACCUUUGGGAUGUUGUGGAACUGGAGAUACACAUCAUGUAUGUACAACCGACAAAUCUGUAGCAACUGUGUGAUGCUAUCAUUUCAAUAUGGACCAAAGUCUCUGAGUAAUGUUUCCAACACCUUGUUGAAAGUAUGCCACAAAAAAUUAAGGCAGUUCUGAAGCCAAAAGGGGGUCCAAUCCCAAGGUGUACUUUAGAAAGUGGCCAGUUAGUGUACAGUUGAGAGCUAAAAUGAAAUAAUUUAAAAACAUAGCAAUAGGCUUAGAUACAUGGCUUGAUCAUGAUCAACACCUGUGAUGACUUUCAUGAAUCAAAAGUAAGAUAACACAGAAUUGACUUGUACCUGAACAUUCCUCUCUUCCCUUUCUGCUGUUUUGUCCUCUAUCUACUGCAGCUAUGCUAAUGUUAAGAAAUGUAGCAAUGAGGGCCGAGCCCUGAUGCAGCUGGAUUUCCAGCAGUUCCUCAUGAAGCUGGAGAAGCUGACCGACCUGCGACCCAUCCCUGAUAAAGAGUUUGUUGAGACCUACAUCAAGGCCUACUACCUGACGGAGAAUGACAUGGAGCAGUUUAUCAAGAAUCACAGGGAGUACUCCAUGAAGCAGCUGGCCAACUUGGUGAACGUUUGCCUGGGCUCACACAUAAACAAGAAGGCUCGUCAGAAACUCCUGGCAGCCAUCGAUGACAUUGACAGACCCAAGAGAUAGACUGAUGAACAGAGCAGACCCCGAACAUAUCAACCAGCCACAGAGAUGGACACUCCAAUGGAGGAACUCCCACAGUGAAUGUCUUCAUUUUCAGUUUAGAGCAUACAACAAGCUUUACAGUACACACAGAAGUGUAGCUACUAUAUACAUCAAUUGUUAGUCAAAUGCUAAUUAUCUAUUAACCUACUGUCCUUAUGUGGUCAAAAACACAAACUGCCACUUGUUGAAUGCACCUCUUGGCGUGCUUAUGGGCAUAAAUGCUGCAACUUUCACUCUCAAGCAUGCUGCAGUUACUCUACAGUAGAUAUACCAUAAUGCAUGGCCUCUCGUUCAUUAAACAAACAUGCCGCUAAUGGAGUUUCUCUGCAAAAUGUCAGCAACCACAAACAAUUUCAAUCUCUUCAAUGACCAUAAGGAACAGAUCUUGAGGAAGUUUCAGACUACAGAUACGGGAUCUAACAGUGUAAUGUGGGCCGUUUACAGCAUUCCAUCUGUUGUCACUAAAUGUGCUUAAUUUCCAAUACAACUCCAACCUUUCAGUUAAACGAAACAAUGAGUAAACAUUUAUGAGUUGCUAAAUUUGAUAGUUGCAUAAUGUUAAGUUUUGUGGUGAACACGUCCCAGUUACAGAUCCAAGAAGAGUCUGUAGUAGUUAGAAACCUCCUAUCUGGUGUAAAGCUUUGUUACAUGAUUGAAUGUUCCCCUUGAUAGAGAUACAGUAGAUCUGGGUUAUUAAUCACUUUAAUCAUUCAUUGUAAGUUAUUCCACCCCAUGUGUGUGCUGUCUAUUAUUUCACUUCAGGGUAUUUGUUGUGCCUGACUGGAUGCUCUGCUUCUUUGUUUGUUUUGUCUGUGAAUUACACAAAUCUAAUAUAAUGAUAAUUCUGAAAAUAAUAUAAAUUACCGUAGUUAGCGUAAAUGUAUUUUAUAUGUGCACCAGCUGCAUUUGAUUGUUUGCUCGGAGGAAAUGAUUUUAUUGUGCUGGGGUGAGGUUCUGAAAGUUUUUGUGAGAGUGCUUCUGUUCAAUUUCAGUCUCCAGCCUUCUUGCUGAGCAGUCAGAUGUUGGCUUUUUAAAACAAAUCUGUUUUGUAGGUUUGUGCAGUCUGACACUGGUUAUUAUGAUUUCUAAGGAGUUAGUAGUUGAAGUGUGUCGACUACAAGAGCCUUCCUCUAAGGCUUUAAGCCGCCCACCCCACCAGUCAUCUCAAUUAAUUUAACCUGACCUGCCCAGAGGGCAGAUUGAUUUACUGUUAAAAGGAAAAAAGCAGUGAAGUUGCAGGUUUUGUACUGCUUCAUGUUUUGUGUGCAACUAUUCCAAGAAGAUACUGUAAAUGUGAAUGUUUUGAACAAUGUCUGUAUUUAUUUCUUGCUUUGUGUCUUGGUUGAGUUUUUAUAUGAUAAUUACUGGAAGUGUGCUGUUAUUUAUCACCUCUCAGUAUCUGGUAACGCAUCGGCUGAAGCUAAUACAAAUAGAUAAACAUUGUCAAAUUAUGUUAAGGGUCAAGUGCACUAUAGUGAAAAUGAGUAAUCAGUGUUGGAACUGUAGGAUGAAGCAAAAUGAUUCUAACAUAUUAAACACUAACAAAUAGA